GGAAUUAGGGAGAAAUCAAAUUUAACGGAUUUUCUUUUCUCUCAGCUGCUCUCAGCUGCUUUCAGCAGCUUAGUUGUACAGUGUGUACAAGUGUGUAAUAUAUAUGUGAAUAAAAUGAUUCCAUCGAAACCUAGACGAAGUGAAUCUAGACGAUCAUCGAUUCUUAAACCAUGUAAACCACGGCAACCAUUGCAAAAUGUGAAUUUUGAUUCUUCAUCCAAUGAAAACAGUCCAAGUUCAUCAAAAAACAAGAGACGAGUUAGUUUUGCGGAGAAAAAACAUGUCAAAGAAUUUUGUCAUUCUACUGAACAAGGUACUGUGUGGGAUAAUACAUACGAAGAACAGGAUUCUACUUUAAAAGGAUCUUUUGUAAUUGAUCAGAAUGCUGAAGGUAUCUAUUUAGUUGAUAAUCAACUACCACAAGGAUCUGUUGCAACAGCCAAUGAAGGAAAUAAUGAUACAAACUAUAAUUUAGGUUUUAGUGCAGUGCAUGCACUAAAUAAAUCUUGCAUAUCUAAUGAUUUGUCAAGCAAUAUUACAAUAUAUAGAGAUUCUGAUGAAGAAGACUGUAAAGAUAAUGUUGCUAAAAAAUAUCCUUCUGAGUUUUAUUCUAAUAAUGUUGACUCUGAAUUAGACAAAACACGUAUUCAAGAUUUUUCUAUGGACCUAACAGCACCAAUAUGUACAUCUUUAGUACCUUCAUAUUUACACGUUGAAGAAGAAAAGAAACAAGAAGAUACCGAGGCUGUACCAAUAUUUGCGGAAUCUGUUGUUUCUAAUUUAGAAAUUUUCGAACAAAUUCCAACAAUAUUACAAAACUAUGCCACAGAUAUAUGUCACACAAAUAAUACAAUUCUCGAUACUUCAAUGGAAAUGAUUAUGGUACCAUCUAAAAUGAAUGAAAAGAAGGUCAAUAAUGAAAUUACAGUCAAAGAAAAAGCUCUGACAAAGGAUCAAAUUGAUAAAACUGAAAUUUUUAAUGAUGUGCUGAUGGAAAUGACAAAACCUCUAGGUAUCACAUUGUAUUCAAAUGUUUGCAAUAAGGAAAAUAUUAGUGUGGAUGAACCAAUAUCUAUAGAUGAUAGAACUAUGUUUUUCCAUAAUGUAUCUAUGGAAAUGACCAAGACAAUGUCAACAAGAAACAAACAAGAAAUUACUGGUAGAAUUUUUACUGAAGAUCUCUCAGUUCCCUCGUGUCAAGAGAAAAUGUUUCAUGCUGCACACGUUGUUCACUCAAAUAAAAGUACAUGUGAAAUUGAAAAAAACGAUAAAACUAAAUUUUUCAAUGAUGCAUCAAUGGAAAUAACAAAGUCAGUAAGUGUAGCACCUUUAAACAUUGACAAAGCGAAUUUAAAAAUUGAUGAAUUAAUAUCAAAAAAUGAUAAAACUGUACUCUUCGCUGAUGUAUCCAUAGAAAUGACCACAGCGAUAUCAAGAAAAGAAAUUACUCAACCAAUUUGUAAAUCAAUAUCUAAAGAGAAUACACAUGAAGAAAAAGAUAGGAAUGAUUCAAUCUACUUUAAUGAAGGAACUAAAUUAUUAUAUAAAUCUAUGGAAUUUACCGAAGUUGUCCCAAUUUCUUUGCACGAGAUAACAUUUAGUACUACUGAUACUACUCACCCUACACAGUCCGUAUCAUUUUCUCAAACAUUGUCAAAAACAAUCUCAAUACCAGCUGAAAAUUCCGCGAGAGUAUCAUGCCAAACUGAUGUAGUUGCAAGUGAAACCAUUCAAGAUAUAUCAAUGGAAAUAACUACUGCAGUACCAUCAACAUUACAUUUUACACAAGAUGUGAAAGUAAAUGAAACAGAGAAUUUAAUCAUUUCUAAAAAUAAUGAGUUCCAACAUUUAAUGACAAAUAAUAAUCUAACAGAAUUAAGGGAAGAUGUAACAAAAGAAAAUUUUACAAUUCCAAGGGAAAUUGUAGAAGCAGAAAAUAUUAGACACAAUGAAUUGUCUAACAUUUCCAUUACUCAAUCUCCACUGAAUAAUUCAUUAAGUACAAACUCAGAAAAUGCCAGCGGUAAAAAAAGAAUGUCUGAUGACAAUAAAAAAUCAUAUUCAAAACGAGUUCGCAAUUCUUUUAUGGAAAUUCAGUCUUCUCAAGUUCAUUCUUUAAGUGAUAUACAUUCAUUUUCUGGCGCUAACUAUGUAAAUGAUUUAAAUGAUAUUGAACAAGAAUAUAAUGAUUCUGUAAAGAAAACAAUAGAUCAUACACAGAUAUCUAACUCAAAUCUUAGGAAUAGUCUAGACGAGAUUAGUAAAUAUAGUUUUUCAAGAAAAAGUUUGCCACAUCUGGAAGAUAGUUUUGAAGAGCUACAAUCAAUUAAACCGCCAUCGUUCGUACAUUUAGGCAGCGAGGAAGAAAGCUCUUUCCACGAAAUUCAACAUGAAUCAUCGACAUCGAUCAUCACUGAUAUAUCAGAAAAUAUCGCAAACGAUUAUUUCACAAUUUUAAGAGAAAAAGAGGAAUCAAUAAAUACUGAGAACAAUCAAACAGAAGAUCGCCACGAAAAUACUGUAAUGAAUAAAGCUGAAAAUAAUCAGGAAAUUGAUUGCCAAGCGAUAAUAAAGACAAUUAUUAAUGACAAUCAACUUAAUAAAUCAAAUUAUCAUACGACAAAGAAUAUUAAUGAGAAAAGCGUACUAUCAAUGAAUACUAAGGAAACAAAAAAACGUGAUUAUCUCGAAGAAGUAAUAAUUGAAGAUCAAAUAAAGCCCAAAAAAUAUAGAAUAAAUUUAAAUAAUGAAGUGAAACAACAAAAUAUGAGACAGAAAGACAAAUGUGCAACAGAAGGACUCGUAACAACACAUAAUGUUAGCACAAUUAACGAAGAUCCAUUUGUAACAUUAUUGCAAAAAUUAGAAACGUAUGCCGCAGGGGACGAUGUUAUUUGGAACAUAUAUUAUAAUAAUAUUAACAGGAAAAUGAUCGUUUUUGGUUUCAUAGCAAAUUCAUUAUUGAUAGCGACAUUUUUAUCAUAUGAUUUUAAUGACUCCGAGAAAAAUUUGAUUAAAGAAAUCAAAAUUAUUUCCCGCCUUGCAGAUGAUUCAGGAGUAUUCUCAAAGAUAGUUUACAAAUUAAUUCUGGAGAAAGUAAACGCGGAAUUACUUACAAGUUCGUAUAGAACUCAUCAGGACAUCCUUCCGAUGUUAAAUUUUAUUUCAGAAGAUGUAAAACUAACUAUGGAUUUCAAGUUUGAUUUGAGGCGUUUGGAUGAUUUAAAUUUAAUGGAGAUUACUAAUGACGAAAUUUCAUUUAUAUCUCGAAGCAAACGGUUGGACAUUAUACUGGAAGUCACGAUUAAAAUUAAACGAUUUGAUAAACUCACUCCAAAUGAUAUCAACUGUUAUUGUAUACUAGGUAGAAUAAAGGAAACAGACAUUAAAAAAUUAAUUAAAAAUGUAAAAAGAGAUCACAAAUUUUUACGGAGAUAUAUGAAUGAUGUUAAGGAUUAUAUCGAUAUAAUGGAAGAA